GAUGUGGUGAUCGUCGGUGGUGGAGCUUCGGGAGCCAACGCGGCUGUCCACUUCCAUGAUGCCGGUCUCUCGCUUAGGGUUGUCGAAAAGCAGGGUCACUUGGGCGGAAUGGUCAACAGCUGGAUGAAUCCCGCCACGAAUACCACUUACGACUAUGGUGUAGCAGCAUACACGAACUACACUGGCACGACCGCGUUCUUCGACCGGCUAGGCAUCGACUACGUGGAGCCCGACCUGGGAAGCACGACCCUCACCACGACCUACGCAGACUUCACCACCGGCAAGCCCGUGGACUACCUCGCUCCCAACAUCACCGACGAGCUCGCCGCCCUGGAGACUUUCUACAAUAUCUCCAGCCAAUACCAGGACCUGUUCCUCCCAUCCUACGCCAACUGGCCUGCGCCCAAAAAUAUCCCCGAGGACCUGCUGAUGCCCUUCCGCAACUUCGCCGUCAAGUAUAACCUAAACGCCACCAUCUUUCUCAUCUGGUCCGGCAUCGGCGCCGGUCUAGCCGACAUGCUCGACGCGCCCACCCUCUACCAAAUGCAGACCUUCGGACCCCAAACCGCCGCCGCCUUUCUGGGUCAGGACCCGGAAUACGUCCCCGCCUCCCAUCGCAACCAGGACAUAUACGACGCGGUCGCAGACAUCCUGGGCAAGUCCGUCCUGCUAAACAGCACGGUGAUCGAGUCCGUCCGGCACCCGGACAACCGCGGCGUCGAACUGGUCGUGCAGAACCACGGAACCCAAUCCCAUACAAUCCUCCGCGCCAAGCGACUGGUGAUGGCCAUCGAGCCGACCGCCGCCAACACCGCGCCCUUCGACCUGGACACCACCGAGAAGAGCAUCUUCGACCAGGGCAAAUGGAGCGUCGUGCACACGGGGAUCAUCUCACACCCCGCACUCCCGGUCAACGGCGUCAUCUACAACCUCCCCGCCACGGCGGUCCACGGCAACGACUUCGCGCUACCGGAGCCGCCGUUCGUUGAUUACUUCGAGUAUCUCGGCGAAAACCUCUGGCAAGUGAUCGUCGUCGGCUGGCUCGGCUUCUCGGAAGGAGCGGCCCAGGCCCUCGCCAACGAGGGAAUCCGCCAACUGACCGCCGCGGGGACGCUGUCCACCAAUGCCACCGCCGCCACCAACGGGACUACUACCAUCAAGGUUCAUGCGUGGUCGAACCACGGGGCGAUGGAUAUGCGCACCACGGCCGAGAAUCUGCGGGGCGGGUUCAUUCAGCGGCAGUAUGCGCUGCAGGGCCAUCGGUCGACGUACUGGACGGGGGCGGCGUUUGGGAACCAGCUGUCGAAUUAUUUGUGGGCGUAUAAUUUGGAGUAUCUUGUGCCGUUGGUGAGGGGGAGCUUGAAGUGAGGCUGG